GGGCAGCGGACCUAGCAUCAGGAUACACCGCAUACCAGUAGGAUCACCACAUCUACCAAGCGAGUGGAGUCCCCAGGGACAGCAGCAGCAGCAGCACAGGAAGCGAUCCUCCGAAGGUCCUCCUAUGUACCCACAACAGGGAGGGGGUGGGAAGGGAACCAGGCCACAGUCGACACAUCAGCAGAACCACAACCACCAAGCCCAGCACCACCAGGCGGCGGCGCACUCGCAUCACCAUCACCUCAGCCAGCAGCAACAACAGCAGACAGCGCAACAACAACAACAGCAGCAGCAGUCCCACGCGCUGUUCGUCCCAAACCAUAGCGGUCUACACCAUCAUCAGCAGCAACAGUUGCUGCAGCAGCAACAACAGCAAAUCCAGCAACACAUCCAGCAGCAGCAGCAGCACCAACAACAGCAGCAACAGCAGGUGCAAGCCCAGGCCCAGGCGCACCAUCAGCCGGUCAUCUUUUACAAUACCCAGCCGCCGCCGCCGCCCUACACCGCCCACAGCGCGGCGGUCAACAACAAUGCCAAUGGCGGCGGCGGCGCUGCCCUCCAACUGAGCGCCGCCGCCAACAACAACUCCCUGGGACAUCCUCACAAUGUAGGCCAUGUCGGAGCCAAUGGAGUGGCGGCCAGCCCCAACCUGACCCGUGCGUUGAGCAAUCCAACCCUACCGCCCCACUUUCAGCCAUCAGCUGGCCUGAUCGCUCCCGCCGGAGGAAAUGCGGGUGGAGCGGGUGCCACCUACAUUGCGGCGACUUAUGUACCCUUUAACCAGACCGGACAACUGAUGGGUAUGCAGUCGGCUGUACCCUUUCCCACGAACGGAACGGCCGGAACUCCGGCAGCCGCUUUCUACCCGCCGCCGCAGCAGAAGCAGCUUCCGCCAAAUGGUCAACAGCAAGGCCCCGGCGGGGCAGCGGGAGCUGGUCAAACACAGGCGAUAGCUUUCUACCAACUGGGGCCCACGACUCAGAACACUGCUGGAAACAAUGUGGUUAAUACCGGCAAUUCGCAUCGAGGCAACAUCCGUGGAGGCCAGAGAGCUCCUGCUGCCGCCCAGCAUCUAAACUACUUUGCCACAUACGCCGUGGCGCCGGGAAAUCCACCACGUCCCGCUCCGGCAGCGGUGGCUCCCAUGAUGAACUCGCGCAAUGGUGCCCUCAACGGAGCGGCUGCUUUUCAUCUGCCGAACUUUAUGCCGGGCUUGGGUCCGGGACCGCCAGCAGGGAUGGCCGCGGCGCCCAUGUUGGCUCCGGCUGGAAUGACGGCUCCGCUUCCCCAACCGCCAGGCGGAUUGCACACAUAUGCGCCGCACUUGCAAAGCAGUAGCGCCACUACUUUGCCCACUGUGCCGAGUGUGACAGGAGUUCCGGCUGUGGCCAGUGGUUUCUCAACCACUUCGCUGCCUACACCGCCUGUGGCCGCAGCCCAACCACAACUGGGGGCUAAUAGCGACAAGGUCAGCAAGCGCAAAUAUGCCAUUCCCAUUAUCCACCCGGAUACCAAGGAGAACGUGUUGGAUCCGAAGAGCUCGGUGUUUAUUAAGAAGGACUCGAACUCGACGCUAACACCGAGCACGGCCCUGGACUCGGACAGCACCAUGUGCCUCUUCCAGGCGCCUAUCCUCAUGGACUCCGCCUCGGCGUCAUCCAUUCUGUCGGGCUCAGUGGUGGACCAGCAUAUGCAAACUCUGCAGUCGGCGACUUCUCUAAGUCAGUCCGUUUCCUUGGAAAAGGUGCCUGGUAUAGUGUUUGCUGGUGAUGAUCCUGUGGGCCAGGAAGUCCGCCCAUCCCCUCCCCCUGGAGCCACGGAUAAGGAUCAGAUCAGCGUUAUUGUCAAGGACAUACUGGCCCACUCGGGCAACACCGAGGAGCAUCUAAGCUUCUGGCAGUACAGUGACGUGGACAAUGCCACGGAAACCCACGAUAGCUUACAGCUAGUACACUCGGAUUUGAAUCUGCCCGAAGCCGUCGACGCGGGCCAGCAGCCCGUUCUGUUCCAAGAGCAGGCAAAAAAGCAGCGGCCCAAAUCGGCCAACAAGCAAAGUACCGCUACGCCCACAUCCAUAGCGAAUGACGUAGCCGAGGCAGCGGCCAGCGGUUGCCCCGGAAUCUCCAUCCUGUCCAGAAGCCAGCCGAUGCUGACACCAGCCAGACCGUCGACACCGCCGCCAGCUUCACGUGUCGCCCAGCAGACCACCAAGUCGAUAGCUACAACAGCUGUUCCGGCGACGGCCAAGUCAACAGCGGGCUCACCCAACAGGAAAUCAAACGUUCCGCCUGCUACCUCGACCACGACCAGUUCGGGGGCCUCUUCUUCGGCAACUUCCACGCCAACCCACGCGCCCAGACAGCUACAGAAUCAGCCAGUGAAUAGCCUGCAGCAGGGCAAGCAGAUUCAAGGAAGACACUCAACUACAGCAUUACCGACCGCUUCACGCAUCUCAGCCGCCGUUACCCUGCUCGCCGGCAACACGACCAUCAACAAUUCCACCAAAAGCCAGCGCAAGGCCCAAAAACGGGCCAAGGAGCUGGAGAAGAAGAAACAGAAAUCCUCGAUAACAAGCACCACAAGCAGCAAAGGGCAGAACAACAAUGGCAAUGGCAAGGGCAAUGGCAACGGCGCCAGUAUCAACACAAACAACAAUGCUGCCACAGUGACCACAACAUCAACAACCACUCUGACAACAACCACGGCAGCAGCAACCACCAAACAAGGAACGACGGCUGUCGAUGACAAGGCGACUGCGCAACCGACGACUGAUAAGCUUAGUGCAACUAGAAAUAAUCCUAACGUAAGUUCUACUAUAAGAGACCCCAUGCUCAAUCCCAAGGAGCAGUUGUCGAGCAACAACAACAAUAAUGAUGAGGAUGACAUCGACGCGGAGGCAGACAGCGAUCCUGAAUCUGACGGCAAGGAGGACAGCAUGACGAAUAUUUCCGAAGAAAAGCUGGUAAAGCAUUUAGCUAACGAAGAGAUUGUGGCCAAGUUCCUGCAAAAGGGCAGCCCCAACACAUCCGCCGCCCCUUCGGAGACACAACAGCUGCAGUUCCUGAACAGUAGCAGCUCUGUUUGCGAGGAAGAUGACCCAGUCCCAGAAGGAUCUGGUGGCAAGGGCAAGUCCGAGGAGAAUGCUGAGGUGGAAAUCAAGUUUGGUGAUUUCCAUGAAGAGGCACGUCACGACACAGGUUUCAUAUGCAGCUCCACAUGGUCAAGCUCGACGAUCAGCAAGGCCGCGGAGGACGACUCCUCGCAGAGCAGCAGGAGUGCGGAUAAUGUCGAUUGCGCUCCCAAAGUUAAUACACCGAUUUCUGGAGAGAGGAGCGAAGGUAGCAAGAAGAGCUCUCCCCUGCAUCAGGCAACCGGCAAAGCACCGGGAUCACCCAAAGCCAGUCAGCAAAAGGUACCCAACUCGAAGAGUCCAAGCCCUAGUCCCGCUCCCCAAGUACCCAAAAACUAUCGCUACAGCAUCGAAACACUGCGUGAGCUUUCCAAGCGAUCUGAUUCGCGCAAGCCACCGCUUGUCCCCUGCCAGAAGGGCGACUGCAUCUCCCAGCUGUUCGUCUCCCGCCAGCAGCAACCCCAGCAGCACCAUAGUCACGGCCACAGCCAGCACAUCCAGCAGUACCAACAUAUGAGCUUCAACGAAUCGAUGGACUAUGUGCCCGGCAAGCGGGGUCGUGGCCACGGACCCAAUAAGAAGCACCACGAUGGACAUCCGCAGAUGGGAGGUUCGAGCGGCAUUGGCAACAUGGGAGGUGGCGGAGGAGGUGGAAUGAACUCAAAUCAGCGUCACAUGGAUAUCAUCCGGGUGCAGCUCUCGCUUAAGGAGGAGAUCAAGCUUUCUGAGUGCGAGAAUGCAUGGCAGCCGGGUACGCUGCGCCGCGUGUCCACGGCCGGUGGUCAGGACGAAGAAGACGACGUGGGGGGAGUACUGAAAAAGGUGCGCGGUAUCCUCAACAAGCUAACGCCCGACAACUUUGACGUGCUGCUUAAGGAGAUGUCCAGCAUCAAGAUGGACAAUGAAGCCAAAAUGACCAACGUCAUGCUGCUAAUCUUUGAGAAGACUAUUAGCGAGCCGAACUUUGCGCCCACCUAUGCCCGCUUCUGCAAGGUGCUAUUUCACGAAAUCAAGGCCGAAAACAAGUCGCUUUUCACCAGCUCUCUGAUCACGCGGAUUCAACAUGAGUUUGAGUCGAAUGUAAACGAUGCCAACGCGAAGGCCAAGAAAUUGCAGCCCACGAUGGAUCGCAUCAGUCAGUGCUCGGACCCGGCAAGAAAAACGGAGCUGCGCGCCGAAAUGGAGGACCUGGAGUACCAGUUCCGACGACGUGCCUGGGGAACUGUGCGCUUCAUCGGCGAACUCUUUAAGCUGCAGUCGCUGACCAGCGACCGAGUUCUCAACUGCGUGGAAUCGCUGCUCGAACACGGUUGCGAGGAGAAGCUGGAGUAUAUGUGCAAACUCUUGACUACUGUGGGACAUUUGCUCGAGGCUAGCCUACCUGAGCAGUACCAGUUGAGGGAUCGCAUUGAGAAGAUAUUCCGCCGCAUCCAGGACAUCAUAAACCGUUCUCGAGGAACGUCGCACCGCGGGCAGGUGCAGAUCAAGAUCAGCAGUCGGGUGCGAUUUAUGAUGCAGGAUGUGCUCGACCUGAGAUUGCGCAACUGGGAUCAGCCAGUCACCGCACACCAGACAGGACAGCAGGGUGGACGUGGACAGCAGCGGCACAAACCGCACGACGAUUCCAAGGAUCAGUCGCAUCACAGCAGUGGCGGAGGGCGUGGAGGUGGUGGUGGAAUGAAUCAGCACCAGCAAUCGAUGCAUCACCAGCAGCAAAAGCAUCACCACCAUGGUCACGACGGCGGAAACUACUUCAUGCAGAAGAUGCCCAACAAGCAGCACCACGAGAACCACACACUCAGCAUUGAUCCCAGCAAACUGCGCUUCAGCAGCAGCAGCGCCAGCGAUGAUACACUUGCCAAAUUAGGAAACCCUUCGCAUUAUCAGUGGCGCAAUGAGGGCAACCGUCCGGUCAGCUCGUCGAAAGUCAACUCGUCUAACGUUCCUCCGCCCACAUCGUUGCUAAAACGACCUGGCCAAAACUACAGAUUUUCCCCGUAUCAGCAGCCCGCCGACCUUAGGACACCCAUGACGGCUGCCAGUGGUAACAGGAGUCACGUGGAUCAGUCACCAGAUGCCAGUUUUGAUACCAAACAAUGCCAGGUGCUCAUUAACAUGAUGGUCGAAGAGGCUCUGAACACGCGCGAUUGGCAACCGGAGGUCCUGGCCAAUUGGCGUUCGCACAGUGGCUCGCAGCAAACGAAAACUCUGCACUACCUUCUGAUGGAAUAUCUGCAUAAGUCGAUGGUGAAGCGCCAGCAUCGUCAGGCCUGCGCCAAUGUGUUUGCCUACCUCAUGAGCAAGGAAGCCGUUGACAAGGAAGUCUUUGAAAAGGCGUACUCUCGUUUCGGAGACGACUUCCCCGAUCUGCUGGUGGACGUGCCAAACGGAUGGGGUUAUGUGUUCGAGUUCCUGGGUCCGAUUAUUCACUCGGGCCAACUGGACCUGAAGGACGUUUGGCAGCGGCGCUGGUUAGACGACUUGUUCUUCACGGAGCGCUUUGUGUACGCCUUCGUUAGCUACUGUCAGGAGUUCGGAGCCGCUUAUGCCCGCAAGCUGUGGCACAACGAUUACAAACUAUCGGGGCAGCUGUUCUGGAACGAUUCUCGCAAGUAUAGAGAGUUUGUGCAGUCGCACAGCUUUUAUUUCCUGGACAACGGGCCCGGCCAUCAGGGACAUGCCAAAGUCAAGGCGCCCACCACGCCACGGUCGCCGGUGGAGCACAUAGAGCGGAUUAGAUACCUGCUCGCCCUGUCUUGCGACAUGGCCAUCGACUACAUAAACACCAAUGUGGCUAUCAACGACAACUUUGUGAGACAGCUCACUAGGUUCCUGUGCUGUGAUUUCGCGCUGACUGUGAUGACAAAUACCCAUAAGAACAAGAGCGGCGGCAACGCGAGGCCGCCGCAGCUGAACACGGAGAGCUUUCGCAGCCGGUGCACACCACUGCUGCGACUCUGCAUCGACGCCCAGGAGGCGCUGGAGAUCGCUUGCAUAGACGAAGCCGUGGAUUCCCUGCAGCAGCACUUCAUGACCGAAGGUGAGGACGAUAUGGCCGCCAGUGAGACCAUCUGCAGUACGUUUAGCGUGCUAUACGAGAGCGAGGUGAUACCCAAGGAGUCGUUCGACAAGUGGUAUAAGCUAGAGAUGGCGCACUCGACCCUUUACCGACGCCCGUUAAUCGACAAGCUGCGUGGCUUCAUCGAGGAGAUGUAGUUGAAGUAAUACCAACCAGCAGCUAUCCGAUUGCAACCAAACCAAACACCACAACGAAGCAAACAACCAACCAUCAACUGAAGCAUACAGCAACAUCGUUUGAACCCAAUCCUUAGACUAGGCGCGGUCGUAGGGGUCCAGUCAAGAACAUUACUCAAACGAUCAGUCUUAAAUUUUGCUUGUGAAUCUUGCAACCCACAGUGGGUGACAUAGACCAAGUGUCGCCCCAACACACAUAUUUGUUGUACGAUAAGUAGAUCUGUGAACGAGUAUUCCAUACACCUAUAUGUUGUACGAUGAAUACAUCUGUCAAAACGAAAAUUCUUUGUUUUUACACACAGAUUUCCUUUGAAAAAAAAGAACCCUCAAGACCCAUUAUCCAUUUCAUUUGUAUCACAACACGUUCCUUAAAUGAAAGCUAAGAUGAUUCCCUUUCGAUGACUUGGUCAUAAUCCAACACAAAGAUAAACAUAUUUACACAUUACUCGUAUCCAAAAAAUAAAAAGAAAAUCCAAAAAAAAAUUGAAAAACUAUGUAUAACGGAAUCUCCGAUGUCGAAAACUAUUUUCAAGAAUUUUAAUUCUGACAAUGCGUUACCCAACUAAGGCUGGGUAUAUAAAUAAUUUAUUUAUAUUUACACAUGGACUAUUCACUUUUGUAAACCCACAGUAUUUCGUUAAACAUUAAAAUUAAAGCGGACUUCAUUUAUAGAACUAGCUGCGUAGCUUAGCAUACUUUUCUAGACUUAAACGAAUUUUUGUUUAUUUUACCUUUCAGUACAAAGCUUUAUGAAUUCGUUUUGUUUAUUUGAUUAUUUUAAACGAUUACCAGCAUUAAUUUAUGUAUUUUCAAUGCAAACGGCUCAAAACAUUACGACAAAUUAACCCCUCUCUUCCUAACAGAUCCGUAUUUCCAAUCUCGAUUCUGAGGCUUCUUGUUCGACUCAGAAAUUUCACGUAUAUUAAACAAAUAUAUAUAAAUAAAUUAUAACAAUAUUAAUUUAUAAAAAUUAUACGUACGUAUACUAAAAAAAUGUAAAUUAUAAAAUUCGUAAAGACAUGUAAAGUAUUUAGCACACAAAGCAUGAUUAUCCAAAGAUAAAUCUUAAAAUUAGUUGUAAAAAGGAAAGAAAAAAUACACUAAUAUUAAUUUCGAAAAUAUAAAGAAAACAUUAUAUAGCUAUUUAAACCAAAUUUAAAAAAAAUUAAAAAACUAAUCAAGCAUAGAAGCAUACACAACAAUAUAACGAGAGAAAAAAGCAAAAACAAAGAGCUCUAAGCCGCCUUCAAUUAGUAUUUUUAUAAAAUUGAAUGAAAACAAGCUAAAAACUAAAUUGAAAACGAAAAGCAACUCAAUCUCAAAAAUUAUAUAUAAUAUUUAAAGCGAGGCCACUAACAAAAGUAGCGAAAAAAUGAGUUAAACUAAACUCGAGAAUUUUGUGUAUAAACUUUAGGUUUUUUUAUUUUUACACUACAAGUGACAAAAUAUAAAAUUGAUUUACGGCAAAAGCAAAGGAAAUUGUACGCAUAAGUAAUUAGCAAAAGAAACAAAAGAAAACCGAUAAAAACAAAUGCAAAAAUCAAGUUAAAUUAAACUAGUUAAGAAUUGACAAAAGAAAAAGAAAACCCAAGCAAAGAGGGCAAUUGAAACGCUUCUGCACUAACAGGCAAAUAUUUCUAAAGCCAAGCUAAACCAUUUAUAAGCUUAAAUUGAGCAGUGGGCGCGGCACUUUAACUAGUUUCGUAGCAAUUUUCGGCAGGCAUUCCAAAUGCUUUCGGCCAACUUCUGGUAUAAAUUUAACCAAGGCAAACUGGUGUCCUGCAUUUUUAGCAGUCGAAGCAGAAGAUUGAGGAGGGCAAACAGCAGAAUCCAUGCGAAUGUAACACAAAAUCCAGCAGAAGCACACACAUGUGGCACCCAGGGCAAAAUAGGGUGACAAGAAGGGGGCGGGCAAGGCAAGAUUAAACAGAAACCAAGAAGAAAUUGUAAACAGCAAAUAAUAAAAUCGAAAAGUAAAA